CCAAGAAGACUUCUGUCCUGCCCUUCCCCAGGGUUCCUGGCUCACUGAUUGGGAGUAUUGACCACCUCUGGAGACGACGGCCGUGAGUGGGGGACCUUCUUCUAAACUAAUAGAGAACCCAGGAGAACCAUGAAGCCUAGCACCAGAUGCCUCUCCCUCCUGGGCCUUCUCACCUUCUUCCUGGCCAGGAUGACUCUUGUAGGGUCAAGGAAAAGUGUCACCGAGCUCUGUCAGCUACCACCACUCAAAGGCCAGUGCCCCUCCAUGGAGGAAAGAAUGCCAGUGCUCCGCUAUUACUACUACCCUCCUAAGAAUCGGUGUAUGCCCUUCUUCUACAACGGGUGCGGUGGCAACAGGAACAGGUUCGGAAGCCACGAGAAAUGCUUAGCAACCUGUGGGAUCUCCGGCAUCCCUCCAGUCUGCCAGCUCCCACGGAGAAAGGGCCCCUGCAAAGAGAAACACCAUCAAUACUACUUCAACAUGGCCACUCGCACCUGUGAGCCCUUCAUUUACGGUGGCUGCGGAGGUUCCAAGAACAGGUUCCAGACUAAAGAGGAAUGUCAGAUGACCUGCUUUCCCGUGGGAGCUGAGGAAGCUAGUGAGUAGGAGCAGAAGACUGUCCUCCUGGAGCCAGGAAUGCCAGCCACCUGGCAAUGGGGAGAUCACAUGCUGUUCCUUUCCUGACCAUCCUUCCCAGGAUCCGGAUCUCCAGCCUGUCCUCAUCCACUCUAGAGUCUGUGGUUUGUCCAGUUUACUGGGUGAAUAAAACAGUUAAAGCAA